AUGGCCAGAAAAAGUGAAAAGCCAGCUGCAACAAAAGACAAAUCCAAGUGGUGUGCAUAUCAUGAAGAUUUCGAACAUCUCACUGAGGAAUGUAUUGCACUCAGAAAAGAGAUUGGUUACUUAUUAAGCAAAGGGCAUUUGAAGGAGCUGUUGGGAAGAAAAAAGUCAAGGAUCCAGGAUCCUGAAAAAGUUCCAGAAAGAGCUCCUGCUCCUCUUGCUGAUGCACAAAUUAUCAAUUUCAUAUCCGGUGGAUCAGACAUAUCUGGCACUUCCUUUUCAGCAGCCAAGAGGCAUGCCAAAGAGACCAAGAUGGAUAAUGGGGAUAGACCCAUCCGAACCUCUACUGUUACACAGGAGAAAGUUAUAACUUUUGAUGACGAUGAUCGUGUGGAUGUUCAGGAUCCUCAUUAUGAUGGUCUUGUUAUUACUUUGUUUAUAUCUAAUCAUUUUGUUUGCAAGAUCUUGAUAGAUGGAGGAAGCUCAGUAAACCUCAUUCAACUUGAUGUCCUCAAGAAGAAGAACAUCCCUGAAUCAAAUAUCAUUACAAGAUCAUCAGUUCUUGUGGGAUUCAGUGGAGAAACCAAGAACACAUUAUGGGACAUUAAGCUUCCCAUUUGCAUAGAGGGACUUAAUUCUUUUCAGAAAUUUUGUGUUAUAGAUUGA